AUGGCCUUUCUGGUGAAAAGUUUAACACUUGGGCUUUACAUCAGUUUAGUUCACUGUACAACGACAAAGUAUUUCACGUACGAGGAAGACGCACCGGGCACGGAGAUUGGAAAUCUAUCUCGGGAUUUACAGAUUGAUCCAGAUGAGGACCCCAACACUUCAUUUCGUUUCAUGCAGGACCCGGACUCGUCUUUGAUUCAAAUGAGGCAAGUGGACGGACUUUUGACUGUGGGAGAGACCAUAGACCGCGAACAACUGUGCCAGCAAUCACCAAGGUGCCUCAUCACAUUUGACGUCGUCACGUUUUCCAAAGAGAAGUUUCAGCUAAUUCAUGUUGAAAUCGAGGUGAAAGACAUUAAUGACAACUCGCCACAAUUUCCUGCAAAUGAAACUGUGUUAGAGAUUUUGGAGAAUGCCCCACUGGAUUCGCGCUUCCCGUUGGAUAUAGCAGUUGACAAGGAUGUUGGCAACAACUACAUCCAAAGUUACCAAGUCUCUCACAACAGCCAUUUUGGCAUUGAAGUGCGCACGAAAGAAGACGGCGUUAAAUUCGCAGAACUGGUGUUAGUAAAGAGACUGGAUAGGGAGAUCGAGGAUUCAUAUACAGUCGAAGUAACAGCUUCCGAUGGAGGGGCUCCACCGAGAAAGGGGACAGUCAAAGUUGAAAUCAAAGUUCUGGACUUCAAUGAUAACAGCCCAACAUUUGAACACAAUUCACUGAAAGUCGAACUGUACGAAGAUUCACCUGUUGGAUUUCGUGUGUUGAAAGUCCACGCAUUUGACCCAGACGCUGGUCUAAAUGGUCAAGUGUUCUAUGGGUUUGUCGAGGGAACCAGUGCCGAAAUCAUGCGAGUUUUUGAAGUUGAUCAACAUUCUGGCUCAGUAACCUUGAAAGAGAUGGUUGACUUCGAAAAGAAAAGGUCCUAUGAGAUCAACAUCAAGGCGUCUGAUUUGGGCGCGAACCCCGUGCCAUCCACAUGUAGGGUCAUAGUGGAGAUUUUGGAUGUGAACGAUAACGCGCCAGAAAUCAGCAUUCAGCCCAUGACGUCUGCCAGCGACGGCGUUGCGUUCAUCACAGAGUCUGCCGCCAAGGAGAGUUUUGUGGCUUUGCUCAGCACCUCGGACAGGGACUCCGGCUCCAACGGCUACGUGCGCAGCAGCCUGCACGGCCACCAUCACUUCAAGCUUCAACAAGCCUACGGUGACAACCAGAUGAUUGUAACUGCCACAAUGUUAGACAGAGAGACAAUCCCUGAAUAUAACAUAACUGUGGAAGCAGAGGACUUUGGAUCCCCUCCCUUUAAAACAGUGAAGCACUAUACAAUCAGGGUCACUGAUGAGAACGACAACGCCCCUCUUUUUAACUCAUCACUUUAUGAAGUUUUCAUCUCUGAAAAUAACAUCCCAGGUUCCUUCAUCACAACAGUUGUGGCUACUGAUAUUGACAUUGGUAAGAACAGCAAAGUGGCAUAUAAACUUGUAGAAAGUCAUGCCUUGGAUGGUGACCCAAUAACAACAUUUGUAUCCAUCGACCCAGUUUCAGGAUCACUGUACACUUUGAGGUCGUUUGAUUUCGAGACUGUGAAGCAGACUGAGUUGACUGUUGAAGCAAGUGACGGCGGCGUACCUUCCCUCUCCAGCACCUGUGUGGUCAGAAUAUAUGUCAUCGAUCAAAAUGACAACUACCCAUACAUUACAUAUCCAGACAUCCAGAACGACACAACUGAAGUGCAGAUUCCCUUCAACGCCCCUGCUGGAUAUGUAAUACUUCAUGUCAAAGCUGAAGAUGAGGACGAUGGUGAAAACAGCAAACUAAGCUAUGAACUAUCGGAGGGUGACCGAAAGAUGUUUUCUGUGGACAAAAACACAGGGCAGGUUUCUCUGAAGCAAAAAGUGAGUUGUUCCUCCGAUGAGGGCAUGGACGUGAAGAUCAGAGUGAGUGACAGUGGCAUCCCCUCUCUCUUCACCGAGGCCUCCAUCCAGUUUGUGAUAUCAGAAACCCAAGACUUUCAUGAGCAGUAUGUCAUUGCUGUGGAGGAUGAGCGUGAAGACAACGCCCAUGUGGACGUCUCCUCAACAGUCAUGGCACUUGUCGGUGCAGGAUGCACUCUGCUGCUGGUAGCAAGUGUGAGUCUCACACUUUUCUGCAAGUUCCAGCAGAAGACAAGAGACUACGCUUCUAAAUCAGACAGGAAACAUGGAUUGUUUGGAACGACAUCUUUGACUGUGUACAAUGCCUCAGAGGCCAAUAUAUACGGUGGCACAGCACGCUUCCUAAACCACGGGAAGAAGCCUGUUCAUGAUGACUCAUGUGUGUAUGAAGACAAAACCACUGAUUCAGAGUCAAAGAUUUUCGGAGCAUCGAGGUCCUUUGAUGGAACAACAUUGUGGCAGGAUGACAAAUUCAACUUCCAAAGAAGUGGCACUGGCAAUACGGACCAGCAGAGCGUGAAGGACAGUGGCAAGGGGGACAGUGACUUCAAUGACAGCGACUCUGACAUCAGUGGGGAAGGACUCAGGAGGACACUUUCCACCUUUCAGCCGUGGGCAAAAAACUCUUUUCAUUCAUCUAAUGCACUCGCCGUGGAUUGGCAAAGCAGCUACUGUGUCAUCCCCACAACCCACAGCCUCCAUGCCGCCCCAGGGAACGCGUACACAAUAGGCUUUUCCCAUGCAGCAGCCUAUAGUAAUACCCAUGUUAAUCCGCAGUCCUGGAAGGAAUCCUGCUACAACACAAACAUUCCCAAAGCCGACGGAUCGGCACAGACGUUCUGUGGGACAGGCGUCCUCCUAGCUCCUCCACACAGCAGCAGUCACCAUCAUCAGACGAGAGACCUGGGUGCCAAGGCAGAGGACCAGCGCGAGCCGGCCCAGGACUUCCUCACAGUCACAACACUCUCAGAGAUCGCUACCACCUUUUAAUCGCUGUGAAAUCCCAACACGGUUUUGUCUCUCUUUUUUUCCCCCUUUCUUUUUCUUUUCUUUCCCGCCGUGAUUCACAGAAGGGGUUUUGUGUUCGACAGAUUUGUUAAUGCACCCCGAAUUAACAUAUAAAUAAGAAUCACUCUCUGUAAGUGAACAGGAGAUGUAAAUAUUUUUGCAUAAAUAGAGAAAGAACUUGUCUGUACACACAUGAAUCAUAAAAAGUGGAUUUUUAUCAUUUGACACUUGUUUUUUCUAUCUAA